UCUGUGUAAAUAAUUCUUGGAAAAGUUUUUUUAGCUCCAAGAUUAAAUCUAUGUGAGUUUCAGGAAUCAUGACAUCAUUUGUGGAUUCCUAGAAUUGGCUAGUGUAAACUAGACCGUAUUAAUUCCAGCUGCUAGACUCUAGUUUAAGACCAUCAAGAUCAUGAAGAAAUGGUUGCAAAGAGGCAGAUCAACUGAAAAUGCUGAUAGAUCUACUAUUAGUGACAGAUCUACAUUCAUAAUUACAGAAGAAGUUUCAAAAUGUAGAAAUCAAAUAAAAACUAUUAUACGCUACUGUAAUGAACAAAAAAGUGAAGUUGAAUACCUCAAGCAGGAAAAAGACAAAAAGGAUAAAAUCUACAAAUCCUUAAAACAGGAAAUUGAGUCACUUAAACAAAAGAAUAAGAAAAUAGAACACAAGUACAAAUUGAAAAAUGCUACUGAAAAAUUACCUCAUGAGCUGAUAAAGAAACGUGAGAAGAUUGUUACUAAAGAAAAGAACAAUGAAGGAUCCAGUUUCCUAAUGGCAGUUUAUACAGAAUUUAUUAAAAUUUUGGCAACUUCUCUUGAAAAUCAAUUAAUGCAUCUUCUAAACUAUCAACCAGAAAAAAGUAGUAACGAUGAUGUUAGACAGAAAUACAGGGUGUAUGGAUUACUACUCAGUGCAUGUAGCCUAAGAGGCAAUGAACCCCCUGAUACUAAAGUCAUUGCAGAGGAGGUUUUUCUAAAACUUCAACAGAAAAGCACUCUGAAAAUUGAAAGGAGCAUUAUUAAAGGCUACAUUGAAAGGGCAGUUAAUUUGACACAUAGAAUGCUAACACUGCUUCCUCCACUCAUAGUAACAACUUGUCCUGAUUUGCAGUUUGAUCCUGAGCUGUUACAUGAUGUUCACCGACACACAUGGAAUGAAAAGCCAAGUGCUACCCAUAAUCCCUUGAUAUACUAUCGUCCUAUUCUACUAUUUGGUAAUCAGCUACAAGUUGCAUUUAAAGGAUCUGUGGGAAAUAGUAAGGAAGAAAUCAAAGAUGCAGUUGGGCAUGAAGCUGAGAGGGAUCAAAGUUCUGAUUACCAAAAAACAUAUGCAUCAGCUUCAGCAAUAGGAAAAGAAUUAAGUCACAAGGAGGCAGAAUCACAACUAUCUGUGGAAGAUAAAGACAUCACAAGAAAAUCUGCCAAUAUUCAAUAACUAUAGAUUAAUUAGAUUUUGUAGUUAACUAGUUAUACAUUAUUUUGGAUCAAUAACCUCUGGUCAUUGGAUCUGCCAAGCA